AUGCUACACAGAAUCCAAAGUUGGACAACAAAAUAUUUGUCCUAUGCUGGGAGAGCAGUCUUGGUGAAGAGUGUCCUAUUUGCCAUUCAAACUUUUUGGGCACAAGUGUUUAUACUGCCAAAGAAAGUCCAAUUCAUAGAGACCAUAUGUAGAAGAUUCCUGUGGACCGGGAGUGCUGAACCUACCAGGAAAGCCCUGAUAGCUUGGAACGGAUUGUGCUUGCCAAAAACAGCAGGGGGUUUGAACUUCAUGGACAUAGGACUAUGGAAUGAAGCAGCGAUAUGUAAAUUGCUAUGGAACAUCUGCACAAGGAAAGAGAAGUUAUGGGUGCACUGGGUUCAUACAUAUUAUAUAAAAGGGCAAGCUGUGUGGGAGGUAAAUGCAAAAAAUGCUUCAUGGGCCAUGCAGCAAGUCUUCCAAGCAAAGAAAUACUUUGAUAGUGCUGGGAGAAUAUCCAAAGGUGAUGUGGAGAAGAUUGGUAUGCAACAAUCAAGGGCAACCAAAGUGGACGUUUAUAUUGAGGCUAGUCAUCCACAAGGACUAGCGACCAAUGAUAGAUUGGUGAAAUGGGGCAUUAAUAUUGAUCCUAGCUGCCCCUUGUGUAACAAGCAGAAUGAAAUAGUGAACCACUUGUUCUUUGAAUGCGAGGAAACAUGCAAAAUAUGGUGUGGAUUACUGCAAUGGCAAGGCAUUCAGAUAAUGUCGCAAAACUGGCAGACUGUGAUCGCGUGGAUGGUGCAGAAGGCUAAGGGAAGAAGUGCAAGGGCUGAGAUAUGUCGAAUGGUGCUGGCAGCAGCAGUCUACUAUUGCUGGCAAGAGAGGAAAUGGGCAGUGUUUCAGGAGAAAUGA